ACGCUGCGGCGGCUCGUUGGCGGUUGUCAGGCCGCGCGGCGGCGACAGAGGCGGCAGAGGAGAGCUUCUGACGGAGGGACCAUCUCCUCCCUCACCAUGAACCUGAGACUGGAGGUGCUUCUGUCCAGUAGCACCAAGCACAAACAACCUUGGCCCCGACUGUACUGGAUUGGCCAGGAGAAGGAGGCGAUUCUGCUGUCGGACGUGCAGCGGCUGUGUGUACUCAGCCUGUCGACGGGCCGGACCCAGCGGAAGAUCGGCAAGCUGCAGCCCCUGCUGAAGAACGUGCUCAGUGUGACCACCUCUGCCAACGGUUCAUGGCUGGCUGGAGUGCUGACCACAGGGGAACUCUUCCUAUGGAGGAAGGAUGCCGACUGUUUGAAGACGGUGGGGGCAGUGGAAGGAGUGAGCGCCUUGGCAGCGGCUGCCCAGAACUCCACUGUGAAGCUGUCCGUGUUUGUGUCCAACGAUGGAAAGCGGGUUCUCCUGCUCGCUCAGGUAGGAGCGGCAUUCCUUUGGGAGAGCCUGGAGGAGCAGGAUCUGCCGUCGGUCCCCGGAGCCCGUCUGGGUGGACGGUGGGCGGAGGUGCUGCCUGAUGGCCAGGCCAGUCUUCCCCAGGGUGAGGACAUGGAGAGUGCUGUCCAUGCUGUCUUUGUCACCGAUGAGGUGCUGGGCGACUGCUGCCUGGCCUGUUUUGCCUUCAUCUCUGGGGAAGCUCUGGUGCUGACCACUGUGAGGCUGCAUUGGUUUGAACAGGUGGAACGCUGCAUCAGCGCGGCCCCGUUGCGGGUGCAGUGGGCGACACAGACGCAGCUUCUGGGGGAGCUGGUCCCCGCCUGCCAACCAGUGAAGUCACGAGGGGCACUGCUGGCAGCGUUCACCACCGACGGCUCACUCCUUGCCCUGGUCAUCAAUCAGAUCAACCCCAAGGCCACCCAGGUGCUGUUUGUGAAGCCAAUGAGCUGUGUGACUGUGUCGACCAGCCUGCAGGGAUGUGGCAGCACCGACCGCCCUGUGCCAGCCUCGUCUGCCAGGUCCUACUGGGUGGCUGGGGUGAGCUGGACCCCAGACGGCCUCUUCCUGGCGUGCAUGCUGAAACGCGGAGCCUUGCUGAUGCUGUCCCGUCUCGGCGAGCUGGUGACGCUCACCACCUCUGGCUGCUCCGUGGAGUUUGGUCCAGCGGAAUUCAUCCCUCUCCAUCCACUGAUCAUGUACAGGCAGCCUCUGGACACGGACCGUGCACAGUCUGCUGGCUCGCCCACCUCGGAGAGUGACUACCUGAGACAGCGCUUCUCUGUGGCAGCCCACCCCUACCUCCCCUGCCUCAUCGUGUCUGAUGGUUACAUGUUUACAGUGCUGCGGUUUGCAGAGCACGUUUCCGCCUCUUCUCUUCUCAAGUCCUUGCUGCUGGAGGUGACGCAGGGCCUCGAGGAUGUUUACAACCUGCUACUGAGCCAGGGGGCCGAUCUGAAGUGCCGACUAACACCCAUGGCAUCCCUGAGGAGAAGCGUGCUGCAGGGCUGGGGACCGCAGCCGGAGACGGCCUCCUGCCCACCCCCUCCCUUCCUAAAGGACCACAGGACAGAGGGCGAUGAGGCGGAUGAAGGUGGCGACUCUGAGGAAGAUGCGUGGUGCCGUGCCGACUGCCCGGGGGAUGGCGGUGCCGUGGACCAGUGCCGGCUGGAAUUCGCCAGCAUGUUCGACACCUUGCAUGGCCGGCAGGGAGGACAGGCAGAGCAGCUGGAGGCCAGGUUUGGGCAGCUGCAGAGGGGCGUGCUGCUGGCUUGGAGCGUGGCAGUGUCGGCAAGGGAGGUAGAGGGCAGGGAUCUGCUGCUGCACUACACUGUUCGUGCCCUGCUGCAGUUUACCCGCCUGCUGCCCUUUGCCCCGGCCAGUUUGCCUGGCUCGCUAGCCAGCACGCAGGCCAAGCUGGUGCACAAGGCGCUGAGGACCAGCCCCGGCAUCUACCGCACGGUGCAGCUGCUGCGCUACUGCCUGACGGUGCUGCACUGGGACUCGGGCCGCAGGCAUGCACUGGCGCAUGCGCUGUGCCUGUGCGCUGGCGUGGUGAAGUUGCUGUUGGCCAGGAGGCUGGGGGCAGCACCAGUCUCGCAGUUGCUCUUCAGCUCUCUCCAGGUGCUCCAGCUCUCCUCUGCACAUCUGAACAUGGUGUACACUCUGCCAGCCACCCUCCACCCUCACCUCCCUGGGAAAUCCAGCCUCACCUCGCUCCCAGAGCCUGCAUCACAAGCAGCCGGGGACAAGCGCUCACUCCAUGAGCUGCCCUCUCACACCCUGCGCCCUCCACACGCACCAUCACACAGGCUGGUGUCGAUGUGGCGACUGUUGUACCAACAUGUGGUGCGGCACCAUUCCCAUCUGCGGACACUGCCGACACAAUGGAGCAGAGGCAGCUCCAGGAGGAAGCUGGCACGGGAGGUGGCUCUGCUGACGUCAGUCCUUGCCCAGACUCAGGCAGCUCUGCAGCAGAUGGGGGAGAGACUGGGCCCUCAGCAGCAGCUCACAUCCCUCAAGGGUGAGAAGAACUUCAUGGUGGGCGCAUACCUGGAAUCGGUGCAGAGCUGGAGGGCAGCCCUGUUGGAGGAGCGGGGCCGAAAGGGCAGGAGACUGGUUUAUCUGCAGACCAGGUACAGCCUGGCCAUUCUCUACACACACCUCUACCUGUACAACCUGCAUGCUGCGCUGGACCUUGGGGAGCAGCUCGUAAAGCAGCUGCUAAGAGAGGAGCUGACAGAUGACAGCGGAGCCCCAGGGCCGGCGGUGGGACGGGCAGAGUCAGUGCUGCCGGACAUCGAGGAAGGGGCGGUUCUGGCCGUUCUCCAGUCUCUGGCCCGAUUCAUGGCUCUGUACUUCACCAAUCAGCCCUUGGCCCUACCUCCACCGCACCACAUCCACCUGAUGCCACCCCUGCACUGCAGGCCCGCUGGCGUGCCGCGAGUGGUGCCGGUGGAUCGCGGCGGUGUGUUACGGGCGGUUCGGGAGCAGGGUGUCUCUGAGUGCUGGAGCGUGGAGCGGACAGUGGAGCUGCUGCUGCUCGGCAGACUGCUCCCUGAGGCCGCGUGGCUGGCUCGCAGCCUCGGCGAUUGGAAGACAGCCGUGGUGAUGGGCCUGGCCUUCCAUCUGCACAGACGCCACCUUCCACAGCCUGCAUGCUUGAGAUGGCUCCAGCUGCCCAGGGAGCUGCACCCACGCCGGAUCUUCCAGGAAAAGCUGCGGGCACUGCUGGGCCAAGCACCGCCGGCUCCCGUCACUGAGCACACUCACACCAAGCUGCUGACCGAUGCCGUGGAGGAGGAGGAUGUGGACCUGAUGUGCCAACGGGUGCAGGAGAUGCUGAAGGCUGCGGUGAUGGCCGACACAGACGUGCUGACAGACAGCCUGCAGCUGCUGAUGCAGACGGCACAGGAGCUGGCCGCUGGGCUGCCCGGCCUGGUGCCUGGAGGCCUCUACCUGCCCGCCCCUCCCCUCUACUGCCCGCAGCCCGACACACAGAGUCAGGGUGAUGGAGAGGAUGCAGGAGUGUGCAGGGAGAGGGAGGCACGGCAGAAGCUGUCCGGGGUGCUCCACCGCAUGUUGCUGCUCCUCAGGGCUGCACGCUGCACCCUCCCCGCUGCCCGCUGGUACAUCGGCAGGCUGCAGCACUGCCGCAAGCUCCUCAACAAGGUGAGGGGGAGAUGCGGCCUGGGCUCGCUGGCCGCAUUCCCAGACUCCCUGCUGCAGUACGGGCAGACCCUGCACCCCACCGACUGCCCCGGAGCCAGCGGUGACAGCAGCACCACCCCCCUCCCCGCACCCCUACUUGGCUGCUUCCGCACCCUGUGUGGCCUGUGCUGGAUGCUGCAUGUCCGUGAGCAGCUGAGCGAGAGAGGCCGCAAGUACCAGGCUGCUCGGCACGCUGCCCAUAGCCCACAGGGCUGUGGGCUGGGGGUGGAGUACGAUGCCUCUGUGCUGGACCACUGCCUGGCCUCUCUGCACUGGGCCUGCCGCCUGCUGCCCUUCACCAGGUUCAUGAACACGGAGGAGCUGGUGCAGGACACCAUUCUCAGCCUGGCCAACCAGAUGCCCCCCGACAGGCAGGUGGUGGAGCUGAUAGUGAGGGCGUUCCCCGGGGUCGAAGACGUGCGGGUGCCGCUGAGGGACAAACACCACUCACUGCAGCAGCGGCUGCGACACAGCACCCUGCAAGGCCCCGGGGGAGAGGAGCUGCUGUCGGUGGUGAUGCACGGACUGUCCCGACAGCGGGUGAAGCUGCUGAAACGGACGGCGCGCAUGGUGGGCCCCGGCGAGACGCACGUGUGGGAGCCCGCUGGCGAGGGCCCGGGGGAGGCUGGUGAACAGCAAACCGAGCAGCUCUCCUCCACCACCACCCUGACCGGCACCACCAUGACCCAGAGUGAGGGGGAGAGUCUGGACAGCCUGACCAUGGAUACCCCGCACCAGGGCACAAGUCUGCAGCCGCACAGGGUCCAGGAGUCGAGGCAGCGGGGGACGGGAGAGCGAGGCAGGGGAGCGGGCAGCAGGAAGACGUCGGCGAGUGGCGUGGACGGGGAGCGUGAUGGUGGGGAGCAGCGGCUGAUUCAGGUCGGCUCCUGGGAGUUUGAGUGCGGUGACGAGGAGUACGUGAAGUUCCUGGAGCUGUUCCUGAGCUACGUGUUGGAGCGAGACGGAGCGGUGAACGAGAGCGGUGCCGUGCCGCUGCUGAGCAGCUAUGGCCACCGGCUGAGGGAGCAGGAGCUCGACUCGCUGGCCUUCCACGUGCAGAGCUCGCUAAAGCGGCGGCAGAACCGGGGCCGGGUGGCACAGGCCAUCGGCACGGCAACCGGCCCUGGCAUCUCACUGGCCCACCCGCCACAGGGGCGGCACCUGGGCUGCAGGCAAACCAUAACGACUGCUGCCAUCUCCACCGUGCCAGACCCAUUGCACUCCUCCAUCCGGGCCCAGGGCAGUGCCCAUGGCUACUUCCCUGCCAACCAUGCCCGGGGCAGGGGAGGAGGCUGCGGCCUGUUUGGGUCAAGGACGAGCUCUCUGUCAGCUCCAGCAGAUGUGCCCUGGCAGUGGGGGGCAGAGUCCCACCAUCAGCCUGGCACUGACCCUGACCCUGACCCUGCUCAUGCCCCCUCUUACUCCCUCACCCCCGCCUCCCUCCUCACCCCCGGCCUCCCGCCAGCCCCCUCCCUGCUGGACAGUGAGCCUGACCCCGGGCUGGAGGGGAGCUGCAGUGACACGGCCAAGCUGCUGGAGUGGAUGGUGCGCUGGUCAGAGCGGAGGCCGGUGCAUGGCACGCACGGGACGGGCACGGGGCCCGGUCAUGGCCCCGCCAUCCGGGUCCACACGUCCGUCACCGCCAUCCUGCACUCCCUACGGCUGCUCGAUCGCAGUCUGGGCAUCGACACGGCACCGCGGAAACUCAGCAAGGGUGCAGAGGACGAGAAAGCGGUGGAGCGAGUGCGGAAGCACCGGCAGCCCCAGAAGAGGUGGGUCGGUGUGGCCGUGUCCGGUGUGUGCUCAAGGACAGACAGGGCAACUUUAAGAUCGGAGAGCGCAGGACAAUUGCAGAAGCAGGACUCUGGUGACACAAACCUCUGCAGUGGUCAGGAUCUGACCUCAGACUCGGACAGCGAAAGCGAUGAAGAGGGGUCGCGAUAUGGCCACAGAAACUCUUCUCAGGAGCACGGUGGCUACGUUUCCCCAGCAGCGGUGGCUGCGUGUGCGGAUCAGGAGCGGAGGCCACGCACUCCCAUCGGUCCCGGCAUCUCCAUCACCGUCCACACCAACUCCAGGACCAGGAUCACAGGCAGAGUCACGGAGGAUUCUGACUCGGAUAUGGAGCACUUCCUGGAUGACUCCCUGACUAUGGACCCUGGGGGAUGUGGGGACGGAUCAAUCAGCACUGAUCCCGGGGAGCUGGUGGAUGACCCUGAUGGCACAGAUGGCUGGGAGAGUACGGAAAAUGCCACAGAGAAGGUGGUAAAACCCAGAGAGAGGACGGAAAAUCCCAGAGAGAGGACGGAUAACCCCAGAGAGAGGACGGAUAAUCCCAGAGAGAGGACGGAUAAUCCCAGAGAGAGGACGGAUAAUUCCGGGGAUGGCUGGGAGAGUGUGGAUGAGCCCGUAACCAUUGAGCCAUCACAGCGACUGUGUGGGCAGCAGAGAGAGAGCCCUGGCCCGGGGCAGGCAGCCUCCAGCAGUCCAUCCGUGCCUCCACCCGGCCUGAUGCCCACGGUUGCCCCUCAGAGCCUGCCCGCUGCCCGCCAGACCACCCUCACCUCAGACACCGACACACACCUGCUCCACCAUGAGGUCUUCAAGCUCCUGCAGCUCCAGCAGGCGGGUUUCCUGAGCCUGACGCAGGUGCUGGGGCCGUCGUUGAUGCCCGCUGCUGCCCCUCAGCAGCCCCAGUCUGUGCCCGGCCAGGCCCCCGUACCCACCCCCCGCACGGACCCCCCUCCUGCCGGGCAGGAGCCUGUGUCUGAAGAACAGGAGCGCGAUGCAGUUGCCAUGGAGAGCUGUCUGUUGCCCCAGCAGCCCAGCUAUCCCCCGGAGUGGCAGGUCACUCAGCCUAGGGUGCCGGCACGUUUUUCCGAUGGACCGGGGGAGACGAGGGUGUGUGCAGCUCACGGGACGUCCCAGCGCCAGCGACCAGGCCCGACCCUCAACUGCUGCACCACCCCGCCAGACAACACCCUCCUGCCUCUUCCUCCCACCCCCAACUCCCUCUCCCCCACCCCGAUUCCCACCCCAACCUCCUUCUCCCCGCCCCCCACUCCCACCCUCCUCCCCCUGGCCCACCCCUCCCAGCCCACUCCCCUCCCCCUGGCCCACCCCUCCCAGCCCACCCUCUUCCCCCUGGGGGAGACCCCCAUCAUCAGCUUCUGUCACCAGCCGCAGACUCAGCUACUGCAUCCUCUGAGGUUCAUUCCGGCGGGGGACGUCAUUGGCUUUGAGCGGAGCGGGCUGCACAGGGCCCAGCGUUCCCCAGGGCAGCUGCAGGCCCGGGCCCUCCGUCUCCUCACCAUGAAGCUGCCGGCCUUCCAGCCCGCAACACAGCGCGAUGGCAAGAAGAGGGUGAGGCGACGUGAGAGCAGGAGGGUGGAGAUGGUGUGUAAACGGGAGACGGAGCUGCCCACGACAGAGGCUGAGACCCCCACUACCCCCCAACCCCCCGAUCCCAGGCCACACAGCAGCGAGUCGGGGGAUAUGGUACUGUUGACCGACCCAGCAGAGGGAGGUGUGGACCCCACUGGUCCUAGUGCCCCCAUCUUGUCGGCAUGGGCUGCAGGGAGCUUUGCUGCUGCCACUGCUGCGGAGCUGCACUGUUUGGCCGCCACCAGAAAGAAUGCGGCGGAGAGGAGGGACGCGAGCACCAACACCGAGCGCAUUCCCCAGGGACAGAAACAGAGACCCGCAGAGCCGAGAUGUUACCGGGACGCCGGGACGGUGACCAACCCCGACACUGAGGAGCAGCCAGUGACAGCAGGAACUGCAGAGCUCCGUGCCACUGGGCAGCCGUGGGCACCACCUCUCCUUCUACACACGGGCAUGGAGCUGCUCUUCCCCAGUGACGGAUGCCCGGAGCCUGUGCCCACACCCACUCCCCGCCAGGUGUUGCCGGGCCACAGCUUCCUCACGGUCAUUGACGUUGCAGCCGGGGAGCUGCUAAACCAGCUGCCGUCCACCGUGGCGGUGAAUGAAUGCCGGGCCUCGCCGCGGGCACAGAGCCCGUCCACAGCUGCACUGCACCUGAGAGCUGCCACCGUCAUCAGUGGUGAUCGGCCCCGCAUCAGCCCACCACCCAGGAGCCCGGCCGCAGCCUCGAUGCAGACCAGACUGGCAGCCUGGGAGCAGCAGCAGCCCGAAGAUGAAGAGACGUGCAGACUGCUGCAGGACGCUGCCCGGGCAUGGAGCCCUCGCCCAGUCUCCACCCACUCUCUGCAGAGCAGUGCCCAUGUCUACCCCCCUCGCCCAGUCUCUGCCAGCGCUCUGCAGGAGGGCAAUGCCCAUGUCUACCCCCCUCGCCCAGUCUCUGCCAGUGCCCUGCAGGAGGGCAGUCCCCAUGUCCACCCCUCUAUCCCGGCCUCCACCCGCUCUCUGCAGGAGGGCAGUCCCCAUGUCUACCCACUGUGCCCCAACUCUGCCCACUCUGUGCUGCAGGACGUUGCUCGGGCACAGACCCCUCGGCCUGCCUCCACCCACUCUCUGCAGGAGGGCAGUGCCCAUGUCUACCCCACUUUCCCCGCGUCCAGCCACUCUCUCUGGGGCGAUAGUGCCCGUGCCUCUCCCCCUCGCCCUGUCAUUGUGGGCACUGCUCAGCGCACGCGGGCACAGCUGAGUGAGAUGGAGGAGCAGCUGGCGGCUCUGCUGGAGGUGGCGGACAGCAUGGAGCAGGACUUCGCCAACACCAAGAUGCUCAUCCACACUAUUGAGCACCUGGGCAGUGCCAGCGAGCCCUUGAACCAGGCAGGCAGUUGCCAACCGCUGCCAGGAGGUCGCCCUGCGGAGGAGACAAACCCGGCCGGGGGUUCCCCGAGUGAAGGUCGGGGGCACCCAGCACCCACGGGUGCAGACGAGGACCAGCGGGAGGCCGCGGGCUGGCGGCAACGCCGGGGGGCUGCUGAUGACGGGAGCUGCCCACGGGAGCUGACCCCUGGCAUCCCGGGACGCGGCGGGAGAGCGGGCAGGUUCCAGCCCCAGCCCCAGCCUGCACCUGCCUUCAUCACGACCCGUCACCCAGGGGUACAGGGGACCCACCCACUCGAUUCCGCCAAUGACACCCUGCCCUCUGCCGCCUAUGGCAGUAACACCGGAGACCAGGAGAGCUCUGCGGACGAGCUGCUGCGUCUGAGUGGCCUGAGUGGAGUCAGCGAUAUCAUCGCCGAUCUACUGCAGGAGGGUCGGCUGUGUGCCCAGACCGUGGGGCUGAGCGAGGGACAGGUGCGGCAUCUGCUCAGUGUGGGAGGAAACCGAAGAUGUCGGAGGAAACCCACGGAGGUCACGGGAGAACGUACAAACUCCAUACAGACAGCACCCGUGGUCAGGAUGGAAACCGGGUCUCUGGCGCUAUGUCCAAGGCCAUCCAAAAGAGGCGGGCAGGAGCGGAAGGAGCUGCAGGAGUGGAUGCGGGACAGCAGGCGGCAGAGGCAGGACGCGUACCUGCAACGUCGAGCUGAGCUGAAGGGAAGGGAGCGCACGCCGUACGCCAAGGACAAGAGAAAAACGGUCACCAGCAGAGACAUUAAAGAAAGCCAGAAGAAUAAAGCAGUGAAGAAAAGGGUGACCCUGGCUGAGAACCGGCAGCAGCGGGAGCGAGCUGCCCUCAGCCUGAUGAACGACAUGUUAAGCGGCAUGGUGGGGCCGUCCAACACCCACAAUCCCCCUCGCAGCCAGAGGGCAAUGAGGACCUCACCGCACACGCAGGGCCGUCCAGGGGGAACAGCCAGGGGCAGCACAGUCCAGUUGCACAAGCGCUGAGCCUCGAUGUCAACGAGCUGGGCUCUGCACAGUCGUGAGAAUUCUGUGCCGGCUGAACAAAUUCAAGCAGAUCGGGGAGCAGCUCUGGAGUGGGAAUCCAUCGGGACCCUUGGAACUAGGUCCAGGAUAGAUCCGAAUGCCACUGCUUGCGAUGUUGUGUUGAGCGCUGGAAUCCAUGCCACCUACGGCGGAUAUUUAUUGUACAAUUUUUUACUCUUUCACCUCCCAUUAAAGUUUUACUCUACACUCCA